AUGUGGAGAUCCUUGCGGCGGAGGGCGGAAGAUGACGGCCAGCGCAAUAUCCCAAGCUGGCCAGCAGUCAGACCAUGGCUUCUGCAGCAGUCGGACACACCCUACGCCAUUCCCAUAGCAUCUUCGCCGUACAACCUUAGCACGACCGAGCACAGCGUUCGCGACACCCUACACGACCCCAGUUUCUCCAUCCAAUCCCGCGGUAGCGGAAGUGACAAGCGCCGCAAGAUGCCUGAGAAGCCCCUCACAAUUGCGACCUACGCCGCAGGAGCCUCCCUCGCCGCCAUUACCCUCGUCUACGUCUUUGGCCCGACGUACUUCCUCGACGACGACGCAAAUGCAGCCAGCGGCAAGAAGAAGGGCGUAGUCGGUCUCAGCAAUGCCGCGAACGACUGCUUCAUCAAUUCGGUGCUGCAGGCGCUCGCCGGCCUACCAGAUUUGCGCAUAUAUCUCAUAAGAGAGACGCAUAGGCGCAUGCUCGACGGUCCCGAAGUUUAUGAUGUGGACCCUGAAAGACUCAACGCCGAGACAGGGACCGCGAGGCCCGCAAAGCUAGAGGGUCUGCAGCGCGGCAUCCUCACCCAUGGACUGAAGGAGAUUCUUGACCGGCUGAACGAGCGACCCAUAUACAAGAAGACCAUAUCUCCCCAGCCCUUUAUUCGAUCGCUCGAGCACGCAUUCGGCACCCGCAUUAGCCGGCAACAGCAGGACGCGCAAGAGUUUCUCCAGAUCGUCACCGAGCGCCUAUGCGACGAGUACCAUGCCGGCGGAAAGGCCCGGCGACAGGCUACACGGGUGGGCGUCACGAUUACAACUGAAGACGGCGCAUCGGAAAGGAGGGACAUUGAACGUCAGCUCGGCGCAGCACCCCCUGAGGGUUCUGGUAGCCAUGGUGUAGAGGAAGAGCCGGAGGACGAUGAAGCACCCGCGGAUGAGGAGGGCUUCCCGUUCGAGGGCAAGAUUGAAUCGCAGAUUGAGUGCCAGACAUGUCACUUCAAGCCGAAGCCUUCCGUAUCGACCUUUGUCACCCUGACACUCAACGUACCUCAAGCCUCCUCCACCUCCCUCAACGCCUGUCUCGACGGAAUGCUCAAGGUUGAAUACAUAGACGACUUCAAGUGCGAGCGCUGUCGGCUGGAACAUGCGCUGAGGAGCAAAGACCACCAGCUCUCGCGAGCGACCGAUUCGGAUGCACAGGCUCUGCUGCAGUCAGACAUCGCGAAGAUCCGACAAGCGUUAGAGGACGAUCCCGAGAACCCGCCUGAGGGCGUUGAGCUUCCGGACUCGAGCCAGGCACCCAAGCGUCGCAUAGCGCGCCACAUGUACAUUUCGCAAUUCCCCAAGGUUCUUGCGAUACAUUUGUCGCGCUCGACGUUCGCCAUUGGCGCUGCCUCGACGAAGAAUUUGGCCAAGGUCGCCUUCCCUGAAGCUUUACCAUUAGGCGGAAUACUACACCGGAAGAACUACCGUCUUCUUGGAAUGGUCACACACAAGGGCAGCCAUAAUAGCGGUCACUACGAAUCCUUUCGUCGUCAAGUCCAGCCUCUUCCGUUCUCCACAAAUGCGACACUUGGUACUGAAGGCGCAUAUAGCCGGCAAGCCAGCCCAUACCCGUCAGCAGCACCAUCGGUAGCGCCUUCAGCCGUACAAAGCCCGCGUAUAUCAGCACUUCAUCUUCCCAACACCAUCGACCGCGGGUCACCAGUCCCGUCCACACCCACACUAAACUCCCCCUCAACACGGUCGCUGUCCUCACAAGAGACCAUGCCUGCGUCCUCAAGAGGGCCAGCACCAACUUCUGCACCGCGCAUGUCCGAGUCUGAUCCACUACAAAUGGCAUUCUCUUCCACCGGAACAGGCACCGGCAGCGAUUCCUUAUCACGCACGAGGAGCGUGCGAUCGCUGAAAGAGCGCGCAUCAGAGAAGGCCUCAUCGAUAAAAGAGUCGAAUCCCUUACGACGCAAAUCGAAGAAGACAAGCAAUAGGUGGUGGCGUAUAAGCGACGACAAGAUCAAGGAGAGCAAGACAUCUGAGGUCUUGAACAUGCAGAAGGAUGUGUAUUUACUAUUUUACGAGCUGAACAAAGUCUGA